AGUCGGCUGCCCCACGCGCGCCAUGGGCUCCGAGGCCGCCCAGCUGCUGGAGGCCGCCGACUUCGCGGCGCGCAAGCACCGACAGCAGCGCCGCAAGGACCCCGAAAGGACCCCCUACAUCAAUCACCCGAUCGGUGUAGCUCGGAUCCUGACGCACGAGGCUGGAGUCAGUGACAUUGUAGUGUUACAGGCUGCCCUGCUCCACGAUACUGUGGAGGACACGGACACCACUCUGGACGAGGUGGAGUUGCACUUUGGGGCGCAGGUGCGGCGCCUGGUGGAGGAGGUGACAGAUGACAAGGCUCUGCCGAAGCUGGAGAGGAAGCGGCUGCAGGUGGAACAUGCGCCCCACAGCAGCCCUGGGGCCAAGCUGGUGAAACUGGCGGACAAGCUGUACAAUCUGAGGGACCUGAAUCGCUGCACCCCGGAGGGAUGGUCUGAACAGCGUGUGCAGGAAUACUUCGAGUGGGCUGCACAGGUGGUGAAGGGACUCCAGGGGACAAACCAGCAGCUGGAAGAGGCACUGAAGCAGCUGUUCCAGGAGCGGGGGCUGGUGCUCUGAAGGGGGCUGGGCGCCACAGGCCUGCACCUCUCCCUCCUCCCAGAUCCCCAGGGAUAAGAACACUUGGAUUUUUCU